UCUAGACUUUUAGUCAGUUUAAGUUGUAAGUUCGUUAAUAAACAAGUCUUUGAUUAAGGGUGCCAAAAAUAAUUACUCUUAUUAAUUCAGCACUAACCCUAAUUUCUUCAAAUGCAAUUAAAUCCUUAUACCGACUGCGUCAAUGUUGAAGUCAGGGUUGAGGUGUAAUAAAUAAAUAAUAAUCAAGGAUUAAAUAUUUAAUAAUAUAUAAUAUUACUACACAAAAUACAGAAAAAGUGCUGUAGUAGUUUCUGUGAAAAAGUUAAUGCAAGGACCAGUUCUUGUCAUCCGCGAUCACUCAGCGUCACGCGACCUGUUGGACGAGGAGAGAUAGCUGUGUCACAGUUGCCAUCCAACAGUAAAGUCGAAAGUGCAUUGUGACUGUCAAAUUUAAAUUUAAAUCAAAAUGAAAAUAUCGGUUCAUUUAAAUAUUUUUUUAAUAUAAAUCAUAGAGUAUUACUCUAUAGUAUAAAUACAUUAAUAUGGCGAUAGUUAAUAAAAUAAUGAAAUAAAGAGUGCUUUUGAACCCUGGAAAAAUCUAAAAUAAAAUAAAUUUAUAUACUUUUGCAUGAUAAAAUUGAUUAUUAUAGAUGGUUAAAUUAGUGAUGUUACUCCUUGACUUAGGUAUAGUCUUUGAUGUAUGAGUAAUAAUAAAACACUUUAAUAAUUUUUAAGUAAAUAUUUUUACUAACAAUACAAAUUUCUUUUAAUAACAAAUUAAAUAAAUAGUUUAAUAAUCACGAACAGAAUAACACAACAAACAAAACGAAAGCUGUGAUAACGCCGAAAUGGCGGGAACAUGAUCAUCGUUAUCGAUCAAAUGAAAACUGCUCCUUUUUUUUAAGCAUCGUCGAACGUUCCAUGAAAAUUUGAAAAUCACAAAUCUAAGAAAAUGUCGAAGAAUUAAUUUUUUUCAACUUUCAUUAAAAUAAUAUCGAUUUAAAAACAAAUCGAUUUAACGAUGAAAUCGCCUUAUUAGAAUAGAUCAAAAAAUUGAUUUAAAUCGCAUAGUACUAUAAUAGAUGUCUUCAUUUGCUAAACAAGAGAUUGCCUUAAAAAUUUAAGUUUCCAUCUCUCUCUCCAUCGUCAGACUAACUUCCUACACGCCCUGUAAUAUAUAAUAUUAAGAAACAUUUCAUUUGGAAAUGUUUCUGAAUAUUGCUCUUUUGAUGCUACAAUGACAUUAAAUGGGUUACGCGAAUUGCCACGAACUGAUAAUUCUCAGACAAAAGACAAGUAUACUCAGGCAUCCACAAACUGACAUUAUGAAAUAUGCUACGAAUAGUGUAAUUAAUACAAAUACCUGGUUUCGGUACACUCUAGUGAUAUUAAGUAAAAACAAAUAAAAAAAGACAUCUUUGGGUAAUGUUGAAGCAUUAUCAAUUCGUGCAAAGGUGGUUUCCCGUCUUGUCAUAGAUGGGUUGAAAAAGGAUAAAUAAAUAUCGCAAAUUUUAUUUCAAUGAAAAGUGUGAUAAUUAAAAAUUAUUAACACAAAAUAUACAGGGUCAGAAUUAAGUAGGACUUAUCAAGUUACGUUGGAACAUCUUGGAGUUAUUGUAAAAAAUUAAGGUGUGAAUAGCAAUAUACAUUAAUUCAUUGAGACUAUGAACAAACAGCAUGAAAAAAUAAUGCAAUUGAGAAAUAUUUAAAGACACCAGAUUCUUCGAUGCGAAGCUGAGGAGGUAAUGGUUUUUACUAUGAUGUGUUUUUUUGUGUCUGUUACCACUUUUUCUCAGCUCUCACCGAACGGAUAUCUUUCAACAAUACGUCAAAAGAUCACAAAAAUUGAAAAAAUUUCCCUCGUUCGAAAAAAUCGCUAAUUUUUUUAAUUUAUUUUACUAAAAACUGCCGUAACUUUUUCAAAAAUGAACAUAUCAAUAUAAAUUUUUUUUUAAACUUUUUAAAAAAAAUGUAAUUCAAAAUAUUGGCUUGGUUGUAUAGCAAUUUGUGUAUAUUCUAAAUCCUCUUAUACGUAACAAAAUAAUCCCAUUUUCAAAAAAUUACAUAAAAAUAUAAAAUUUAGACUAUUCUUGCUGCUUGGUUUAAAAAAAAUUAGUCAUAGUAACCGUUUAUACAUUUAUUAAUAACGACGAUUUUCCCUUUAAAAUCAGUUUUCAACAUAAUUAGAAUUCAGACCUAUAAUAAAAAUCGAAUAGGGUAAUAAUUCUUAGUGUUUAAAGUAAUAAUCAAAAAUGGCUAAAUUUAUAACACGUAUAAUUAGAUGUGUCAAGAAGAAAUUUGGAAUAAAAAAAAAUAUUAAGGUGACAUCAGUAGACUGUGAAUCACAGACUAUUACGUUGACAGAAGAUGUAAUGGUUCAAGUAGAAUGUGUACCACAAUCACAUAACUUAGUUUCUCAAGUUGAGGGGAUUAAAAACGCAACAUCUCAGACCUCGAUAUUAUUUUCUGAAAAAUUUACUCAGACUAACUAUUAUGUUGUGUUUAAUAUAUCUGAAACGCAAACAGAUAAAUUCGAUUUGAUAAAUUGCGGAAUACAAACUGUUCUAUUAUCAGAAGAUAUAAUUUCAAAAAUACAAUCCACGGCAGAAUCUCAUAAAUCAAAUUCAUUAUCCAAAAAUUAUACGAACAGCAAUGCUUUACAGUGUUCCAUCUUGUCUAUUCCAAAUGAUCCUCAUUUGGACAUUUUGAAAGAAUUGUCUUUAGAAGAUUAUGAUACCGUUGAAGAACAAAGUAAUCUAAAAAUAACGUAUCUCUCUCAAGAGGAGAAUGAUACACACGAUAUGAAAGAAAACAUAAUUGGAGAAAUAUAGUCUGAACAAGAUUCCAAUAAACAAAUUAGACUAGCAGAAGAAUUUGGAGAACAUGAUUUGCAUUCAUGUCAUUCGAUGCCUAUAGAAUCAUGUUUAGAAUUUGAUAUAGUGUCAACUUUAGAUUGGUCAAAAUCUGUAUUGGAUGAUACAAAGUUAUACUCGCAAGAUAGUAUUAUGGAUGGACAUCAUGGAACUCAUGUAGAUGAUAGACCAAAAUUAUAUAUGUUAGAAAAUAUGCCUCAACUCAAAUUGAUAAAUGGUUAUAAUUAUAACAUGAGAGUACUGUACUCUCGAAAAGAUUAUUUUUGCAUGACAAGAGUUGUAGAUGAACAUAUCAUAAGGUCUAUAGAAAAUAAAAUGACUAAAUAUUAUAGACAGACUUAUAUUCAAAAUUGCAAUUAUAAACCACGAAAAAAUGAUCUUUGUGCAACUAAAUAUGGAGUUGGCAGAUGGUAUAGAGCAAUUUGUAUUUCUGUUGAAGAUAAUGAGAAUGGGGAACAGAUGUAUGUAAUUAAUUUACUUGAUUGGGGAGAAUCAUUUACUGUGAAAGCUUGUGAAUUACGUAGAUUGGAGAUGUGUUUUAUAAAACAUCCACCUUUGGCAGUUAAAUAUACCAUAUUAGAUUUCAAGUUAUCAAAUGCACAUAAAAAUAAUAUGCGUAAACUAAACAAUAAUACUUAUAGAUGUACCAUACAUUCCAAACUUGGCGAUAAUAACUAUGUAAUAUCAUCAAGAACAAUUCUAAACAUAUUAAAUAAUCAAAAAAAUUAAUUAUAUUUUCUUA